AACAGGGUUGAUCCCUGCCUCAGCCGGAGGAGCCUGCAGACCGGGGUGGGGGGAGGGGUGUCUGAGAGAAGGGGGAAGAGGCUGUGAAACCCCGAGGAUGGCCGGGAGAGGGAGGGAACUGGUCUCAGGGCGGUGCCAAGUUCGAGAGGGGGCGCGGUCAGCGCCCCUGCGGAGGCGGCCACGUCCCGCUCCCCCCAGUAAAGGAAUCGGGGUUUGUGGUGCUCGGGGUCUUCCCCAGACAUGGCUGAGGUGAAGAACCGGAAGAAGUCCGGGCCCAAGGGAGCCCCUGUGGAGCCCGGGAAGCGGAGUGAGGGCGGGAGGAGCCCCGAGGGACCGGGCAGCGGAGGCGGGCGCUGGGCAGACCCCCGGACGGGCCUGAGCCUGCUGUCGCUGGGGACGUGCCUGGGCCUGGCCUGGUUUGUAUUUCAGCAGUCAGAAAAGUUUGCUAAGGUGGAAAACCAAUACCAGUUACUGAAAAUUGAAACCAGCGCAUUCCAAGGGCUUCAAAAUAAAAUCAGUUUAAUUUCAGAAAAGUGUCAGAAGUCUGAAGCUAUUAUGGAACAGUUGAAGUCUUUUCAAAUAAUUGCUCGUGUAAAACGACUACAGAAGGAAAUUUCUGAGGUGAAAAGUUGGUCCAACGGGAUAACUGAAAAACAAAAUAUAUUGAAUAAUAAUUUGACAGCGCUUUCUCAAGAUGUUGCAAGUGUAGACCAAAGUACAAUGUCCACUGCAAAAACUGUUGGUCUCAAGAUUACCACUGUGAAAACAGAUAUACGACGCAUUUCAGGUCUGGUAACUGAUGUGACAUCAUUGACAGAAGCUGUGCAAGAACUAGAAAAUAAAAUAGAAAAGGUAGAGAAAAAUACGGUAAAAAACAUAGGUGAUCUUCUUUCAAGUAGCAUUGACCGAACAGCAAUGCUCCGAAAGUCAGCCUCUGAAAAUUCACAAAGAAUUAGCGUAGUUCAGGAGAUGCUGUCUGAGUUAAAGAGUGAUUUCAGCAAGCAUACUGAUAGGUUUUUAAGUUUAGAAAGUGACAGAGCUAAAGUUCUCAAGACAGUGAAUUUUGCAAAUGAUCUAAAACCAAAAGUGUAUAAUCUAAAGAAGGACUUUUCCCGUUUGGAGCCAUUGAUAAAUGAUUUAACACUGCGCAUUGGGAGACUGGUUACUGACUUACUAAGCAGAGAACAAGAAAUCUCUUUCUUAAAUGAAAAGAUAUCUAAUUUAACAGUAGUCCGAGCUGAAAUUAAAGAUAUGAAAGAUGAAAUAGCACACAUUUCAGAUAUGGAUUAAAAACAUUAUUUAAAUAAGAAAAGCUUAAGAAAUUCUGAUUUUUCUUGUGUGUGUGAAACUGAAAAUUCAACCCCAGAGUCCCAAACACAAGAGGCAUGAGCUGUACUACUGAGCCACAUUCCCAGCCCAGUAGCUGGUUUUUUCCCUCACAAUAAGACCUCUCUCCUGUUUUAGAAAGACAGAAAUAGCAGGAUUUUGGAAUAGAUACCUUUUUGUGUUAUACUGUUUUGUAUUGUAAAAACAAAUAUUUUUUAAAGGAUUGAGCACUUGAUUUUUCUAGAAUACUAUGAGAAAACAUAUGCUUGCCAGUUUCCAUGCCUCACAGCAUGCAAACUCUUUUUUUUUUAUGUAGGAGUACUGCUGUUUAUUCAGCCACUGAUUAAGCUGACUGAAGUGAACAUGAACUCUACGUUACUUUAAAAAAAAUUAUUUUUUAUUGGAUAUCCAUGAGAUAGACCAUUACAAAGCUGUUCUUGGUUGGGUUUCCACCAUCCAUCCCUCCACCAGUAUACAUUUCCCACCACCAAUGUCCCCUGUUUCUCUCCCAAAUCUCCCAAUACCCCACCCCCCACCUCCACUUUUCUUCUAACUCUCUCCUUUUCCUUUUGAGAAUGCAAACUUCUUAAACAGUCAUCCUUAUGCAAGUAGGGAGCAGAACCUGUCAGGCUGGCACUGAGCAGUCCCGAGGGGGCAGAGCUGAACCCCCAGUGGCCCUCACUAGCUGCCACGGAGCACUGUUACUGGGUUUCUCAUGGGAGAAGUGCUCGCCAGGAACAGGGCAUUCAUUACCCGUUUAGAGAAAGAGGGACAAGGUCUCAGGAAACUGCAGGAAAAGAAUUUUAGGUUUUCCUGAUUUCAGAAAUGGAAAUGUUACCUAAUGUGACCAGGGAAGGCAUCUGGUGCAUUGGGAUGCAAGAGAGCACAAUGUCAGGGGGCUGGCCAGACCUGAGACGGAGACCUCCUCAAAGUAGCACAGCUCAAGUCACCAGAAGCAGCCAAAGGACAUAGGGGAGGUUCUAGUACGGAAGCAUGUUUAGCAGAGAGGGUGAGUUUGCAGGGUAGAAAGGUGGUAAAGUGUUAUGGGUGAAACCCUAUCAGUAACAGUACUGUAAACCACAGUGUAAGAACGUAUAUAUGAGCCUCUUGUAGAAGCCGACUGGUGGCAGGGAAGCAAAUAGGCGGGGGCAGAUGCAUGGGGGAGGAGAGAGGGGUAGAGGGGAUUGGACACUGGUGAAAGGAUUAGUGUUGUAAAAUUGUAUGCCUGAAACCUAAUCAUGAAUAACUUUGUAAUUUCAUGGUGACUAAAAAAAAUAAUAAAUGUAUUGUUUUUAUUUUAAUAAAGAUAAAUAAAAACAAAGAAAGAAACUUUCAGGGAUAAAAUAAGCGUCAUGGGGGAGAUGGGCUGGAGAGAUGGUACAGGGGAAAAGGAACUCACUUUACAUGCAGCUGACCUUGGUAGAACUGAAUAUGGUUCCCCCAGCACCUCCAGGAGUGAUUCCAGAGCAGAGCCAGGCACUAGUUCUCAACCCUACUCAGAUGUGGCCCCAAAACAAAAAUCAAAACAAAACAGUGUUAUUGGGGUAUGCUGUACAGCUAGGUGACAAAUCAUACUGCAUGUCAAAGCUGCUAGGAACCUAGAUCUUAAAAGUUCUCAUCACACACCGGAUAAUCUCAUCAACGGCCAUGUCCUCUUUCAGAAGAGAGUAUAAAACAACACUGGCAUAGCCAUGCCACUGGACCCCGAACCAGGCUGUUUCAUUCAGGGCACCCCAGAAGGGGUCAGGUGAGGCUUCUCCAUACUCCAAGAGACCCAACCCUGGGCAGCUGAAAACCUCCAGAACUCAACGCCAUCACACUCACAGCCACUUUCCACACGCUUGGGCAGAGCCUCACCACGAGUGAACCUAUCCCUGGACUGUGCGACAUCCCAUACCUCACACCAUUCAUACUCCAAGAGUAGCGCACCACAUUUGAUGGGGUUCAAAAUAGAAGACAACCAAUCUUAGAGGGUGUUUGCCUAGCGCGCAGCCGAUCCAGAUUCGAAUCCUCGAUCCCUCUUGGAGAGACCAGCAAGCUCUGAGAG